UGUGCGCAUGACGACACGGUUGUGGUUAGCUGCAUGUCAUCUGGAGAUUAUUAUUAUUAUAUUUUAACCCAUUGUGAAACAGUCACCAAAUGAAGAUUCGUGAGCCGUUUCUGCAGCGCUCUGGCGGCUCGUCCUGAUGUUCCGGUGUGAGCUCGCGUUUCGUGCAGAUGCGCUUGCAGCCCCGGAGAGCGGAGGUGGGGGCAUGAACACACCGCCGAGGAGCAGCAGGAGGAUGAGGAUGCCUCUCCGCUCCUAUAACGGUAUCGCUCGGGAUUACCAAACGGUUUUCUGACUUCAUAUAUCGCAGUAUUGGUCACGCCGCUUUCAAACACGUUAUCCGGAUGGGUGUUCGGGGGUCGAGUGGUCGCAGGCCCGCCGUUCGGCGCUCGGAGCCCCAAACCGGGGCCGUGUUGUUGUGCUAGCUAAUGCUGCCUGUGCUAGCCUCCGCUUCUCUCACCGAAUGCCGCUGCACCGAGUGAGUCUCGGGCCCUCACCAGCGACACACCGCUUCCUAACGGACACGCCGACAGACCCUAGCAGCCGUGUCCUGACAUGUAAAAGCUGUUGUUUUUUGUCUCGUUUGGACCUUAAUUGCAGGUCGGAAAAGCAGAUCUUGCGUUGCCAUGGUGCGUUUAAACGGCGUCUGAAGAGCGUUUCUGUGGCCAGAGAGAGCGGAGCUGAAACUGCUCCCCUGAAUCACUGACACUUUUUUUUUUUUUUCUCGGGACAAAUUAAAUCCUCUCACUUCACCUCGAAACAAACUGACAUGGAUAAACUGACCAUUAUUUCAGGGUGUCUCUUUCUGGCUGCGGAUAUAUUUGCCAUAGCUAGCGUCGCAAACCCGGACUGGAUCAACACUGGCGAAUCUGCGGGUGCGCUGACUGUGGGUUUGGUGAGGCAGUGUCAGACCAUUCACGGCCGCGACAGAACCUGCAUCCCGCCUCGAUUGCCGCCCGAGUGGGUCACCACGCUCUUCUUCAUCAUCAUGGGCAUCAUCUCCCUCACGGUUACCUGCGGCCUUCUAGUGGCAUCACACUGGCGCCGAGAAGCCACAAAGUAUGCGCGGUGGAUAGCCUUCACAGGAAUGAUCCUGUUCUGCAUGGCAGCGCUCAUCUUCCCCAUCGGCUUCUACAUUAACGAAGUGGGCGGCCAGCCGUACAAGCUGCCCAACAACACCGUGGUGGGCUCGUCCUACGUGCUCUUCGUGCUCUCCAUCUUCUUCACAAUAGUAGGGCUGCUGUUUGCAGGAAAAGUUUGCCUGCCUGGCUGAAGACGUCCUCAUCUCCAGGGAUCGUCCAGGAGCUUUUGGGAUUUUUUUUUUUUUUCUCUCUCCUCCCCCCCCCCC